GCGGAGUAAUGGUCUGGUACGCAUCACAAAAGCUCAAAUUGAAAGGUGAUGGUUGCGGAGUGAAAAGUCAGGUGCUUCACGCCAAUAAUUGAAUUAAACAAAAACAAUUUCAAAGUUUGAGUACUUUGUAGAGCUUAUUAAAAAAUCGAGUAGUGUUUCGACCGCCGUAAGGAUGAACAGCAGUGGGCAACAAGCAUACCCCCUGGCCUCCCUGUACGUAGGGGACCUGCACCCUGAUGUGACAGAGGCCAUGCUCUAUCAGAAGUUCUCUCCUGCUGGACCAAUUAUGUCUAUUCGUGUGUGUCGUGACAUCAUCACCCGAAGAUCUCUUGGAUAUGCAUAUAUCAACUUCCAGCAGCCAGCUGAUGCGGAGUGUGCUUUGGAUACAAUGAACUAUGAGGUCCUCAAGGGUCGACCUAUCAGGAUAAUGUGGUCUCAGCGUGACCCAGGACUAAGGAAGUCUGGCGUGGGAAACAUUUUCAUCAAGAACAUGGACGAGUCCAUUGACAACAAAGCCCUUUAUGAUACCUUUUCAGCCUUUGGGAAUAUACUGUCUUGUAAGGUUGUGUGUGACGAGAAUGGCUCCAAGGGCUACGGCUUUGUUCACUUUGAGACACAAGAGGCGGCAAAUCGUGCCAUCGAUACUAUGAAUGGAAUGCUGCUCAAUGACAGAAAAGUCCUAGAGACAGGUAGUGAGUUGGAAUCUGGGAUUGGUGACCCAAAGGCCUGUGUCCUGGGGAAAAAUUGUCAGUUGUCCCCAUUUAGUUUUGUUGGCCACUUUAAGUCCAGAAAAGAGCGUGAGGUGGAGUUUGGGGCCAAAGCCAUGAGGUUCACCAACGUUUACAUCAAGAACUUCAGCGAGGACUACACAGAUGACAGACUGAAGGGGGUCUUCUCACAAUUUGGCAGGACCAUGAGUGUACGGGUGAUGGUGGAUGAAAGGGGACGCUCUCGGGGAUUUGGCUUUGUAAAUUACGAAAACCAUGAGGAUGCUCAAAUGGCAGUUGAGGAAAUGAAUGGGAAAGAGCUGAAUGGUAAAGUGCUGUAUGUUGGGCGUGCUCAGAAAAGGCUUGAACGCCAGGGGGAGCUCAAGCGCAAGUUUGAACAAAUUAAACAGGAGCGCAUCCAACGCUAUCAGGGGGUUAAUCUGUAUGUCAAAAACCUGGAUGAUGGAAUAAACGAUGAGAAACUCCGGAAGGAGUUUGCCCCUUAUGGUACCAUUACUAGCGCAAAGGUGAUGACGGAUGCGGGACACAGCAAGGGGUUCGGUUUUGUGUGCUUCUCGUCCCCUGAGGAGGCCACAAAAGCUGUGACUGAAAUGAAUGGGCGCAUCGUUGCCACCAAGCCACUUUAUGUUGCUCUAGCCCAGCGCAAAGAGGAACGCAAAGCCAUCCUCACCAACAAGUACAUGCAGAGACUUGCCACAGUCAGGACCAUGCCUGGCCCUGUAAUCGACUCCUACCAGCAGCCAGGGUAUUACAUGUCUGCUGUGCCUCAGCCUCCCAGUCGUUCUUUCUACAAUCCCAAUCAGAUGGGCACCAUAAGAACGUCGCCUCGCUGGACUACACAGCCACCUAGACCACAGGGUCCCUACUCUGCCCAGUUUGUGAGGACUGCUGUUCCCCGGCGUGCCUCCACCCCCAUCAGUGGUGUCCGCCAGGCCUCCACCCAGGCACCACGCAUCAUGAACUACACACAAAGAAUGGCAAAUAUUGGCACCCAGACAGCGGGUGGUCGUGCAGGCCUGUCAGGAGGUAUGGUCAGAGGCACCCAGUACAAGUACUCCUCUGGGGUCAGGAACCUCCAGCAGGUCAUCACUGUGCCAACACCAAUAACAAUGCAACAGGUUAUGCCCUAUCCUGUGAUGGAGCAGGCAGUGCAUGUCCGGGGCCAGGAGCCUCUCACAGCCUCCAUGCUGGCUUCAGCCCCUCUCAUGGAGCAGAAACAGCUGCUGGGUGAGCGACUGUACCCUCUAAUUCAUGCCCUUCAUCCAAAAUUGGCUGGAAAAAUAACUGGCAUGUUACUGGAGAUUGACAACUCAGAGUUGUUGCACAUGCUGGAGUCCCCUGAGUCCCUGAAUUCUAAGGUGGAGGAAGCUGUGGCUGUGCUGCAGGCCCACCAGGCCAAGGAACACUCUCCUAAGAAGUAAAGGACCCCUUCAGGACUGCAAAACAGCAAGGAUUUUCUGAAGGAGAAGAAAAAGGAAAAAAAAUAGGAAAAUGUCAAAAAAGAACUAUUGGUGUAUGUUUAAUGUCACUUGAUUAUUUGACAAUUUAAUUAUUCAAUGUUUGUUUAACAGAAACCACCCUGCUGUUUGCAAUGGGUUGUUAGAUUUUUCUUUUGUUAAAAAAAAAAAGAAUAAAGUGUGUGCAGUAAACCACUGUUCUAAAUGAUUACUUUUUCCUGUAGUAUCAGGUCAUCAUAAUAUACAUUGG